AUGACCGAUUACAAGUUCGAGGGAUGGAUGGGCCUGGAUGCCGAGUCCGCCAAGGGCAACAUGGUGUGGAAAGAGUACGAGCCGAAGCCAUGGGAGGAGACGGAUGUCGAUAUCAAAAUUACCCAUUCCGGGAUAUGUGGUUCAGACCUGCACACCCUUAGAUCUGGCUGGGGUCAAACUCCGUACCCUUGUGUUGUCGGACACGAGAUCGUUGGUGUAGCCGUCCGCGUCGGGUCCAAGGCUGAAGGUGCGAUCAAGGUCGGUGACAUUGUCGGUGUUGGAGCACAAUCCGAUUCCUGUCUUGGGCGAGACGGUCCUUGCAAUGAGUGCAGUCAUGAUUCCGAAAACUACUGCACCAAGGUCGUUAAUACAUACGCCUCUGUGCACCGAAACGGCGGGAAAGGCUACGGAGGUUACGGUCUGUAUCACCGUUGCCCGUCACACUUCGUAAUCAAGAUUCCCGACGGACUUGCUCCAGAGUACGCAGCACCGAUGCUCUGCGGUGGCGUGACUGUAUACUCGCCUCUUAAACACUUUGGAGCCGGGCCAGGCAAGAAGGUUGCCAUCGCAGGCGUUGGAGGGCUUGGCCAUUUUGCUGUUCUGUUUGCCAAGGCAUUGGGCGCAGACGAAGUCGUCGGAAUCUCCCGCAAGGCGAGCAAGAGACAGGAGGCGUUGGAUCUUGGCUGUGACGACUACAUCGCAACCGACGAUGACAAGGAUUGGGGAAAGCAUAAUGCCCGCCGGUUUGAUCUCAUUAUUAGUACUGUGUCCUCUGAGAAGAUGCCUUUGAACAGUUACAUCAACACACUCGGCCUAGAUGGAACGCUGGUCCAGGUAGGAGCGCCAGAAGGUCCCGUGCCCUUGCGCAUCUUCAGUAUCAUUCCAGGUCGCCGCAGAAUUGCAGGAUCCGGAAUUGGUAGCCCGAAAGAGAUCCGAGAAAUGUUCCAGUUGUCCGUUGAUAAGAAGAUUAAGCCGUGGGUAGAGAAGCGUCCAAUGAAGGAUGCCAACCAGGCAAUCGUGGAUAUGGAAGCUGGGAAGGCGAGAUUCCGAUACGUCCUGCAGAAUUAG